AUGAAGUUCACCGCUGUUGUUCUCGCCUCCAUCCUCUCUGGAUUGGUUGCUGCCGAUGUUAGCUCUGUCCUCUCUGCUAUCAAGACUCUUCAAUCUGCUGUUGAGACCACCGACUCUGAUGUCAAGGGCUUUGACAAGUCUCAAGGUAUCAACGGUGCUCUUUCCAUCCAAAGCACUGAGGCCAACAUUGCUUCUGCUCUUGAUUCCCUUACCAGUGCUGUCAACGGUCUUGACGGUUCUUCCCUCAGUGACUCUGAUGUCUCUUCUCUUACCUCUGCCAUCCAAGGCGUUUCUUCUGCCGUUGAGUCUCUUUUGUCUGACUUGACCUCCAAGGCUUCUGAUCUUACCGCCGUUGGUACUCAAACCAUUGUCCAAGGUGACUUGAGCGACCUUUCUGGUAAGACUUACGCUCUUGAGUCUGCUGCCUACAAGGUUGUUCCUUGCGGAUCUGUCUCUGCUAUCUCUUCUGCUUUCGCCAGCAUCAACUCUGGUUUCGACUCUGCCAUUAAGGCUUACGGUGGUUCCGCAAGUGGUUCUCCCCCAGCUGCUCCUCAAGGUUGUGCCGCUUCUUCUGCUGCUGCCCCUGCUUCUUCUGCCGCUGCUGCUGCUACUUCUGCUGCUCCUGCCGCUGGUUCCUCUGCUGCUUCUGCUGCUGCUCCUGCCGGUACUACUUCCGCCGCUGCUGCUGCUGAGUCUGCUGCCCCUGCUGGUUCCAACGCUGUUGAGACUGAUGUCGUCACCGUCACUGACUGCCCCGCCACUGUCACCAACUGCCCUGCUCGUUCCACCAACGCUGCUGUCGCUACUGCCCCCGCUACUGAGGAGCCCUCUGUCGCCCCCGUUCAAACCAACGGUGGUAACGGUAUCAAGGCUGGUAUCUUCGGUGUUGCUGCCGCCGGUGUUGCUGCCCUCCUCAUGUAA